ACCACUCAUUCCUCCUCCAGAGAGCUUAAUAUCUUCAACACAGUCUCAACCAUGGCUGCUUCUACAAUGGCUCUAUCUUCCCCAUCUUUUGCCGGAAAGGCGGUGAAACUCUUGCCUUUUGCCCCCGAGCUCCAAGGAAAUGGAAGGGUCUCCAUGAGGAAAACUGGGAAGCCCGUCCCAUCAGGCAGUCCAUGGUACGGCCCAGACCGUGUCAAGUACUUGGGCCCAUUCUCCGGUGAUCCCCCGAGCUACCUCACGGGUGAAUUCCCUGGUGAUUACGGGUGGGACACUGCUGGGCUUUCGGCUGAUCCGGAAACCUUUGCUAAGAACCGUGAGCUCGAGGUGAUCCAUUGCAGAUGGGCCAUGCUUGGAGCGCUAGGGUGUGUCUUCCCCGAGCUCUUGGCCCGCAAUGGGGUCAAGUUCGGUGAGGCCAUUUGGUUCAAGGCCGGAGCCCAAAUAUUUAGUGAAGGUGGACUUGACUACUUGGGCAACCCAAGCUUGAUCCAUGCUCAGAGCAUUUUGGCCAUUUGGGCUUGCCAGGUUAUCUUGAUGGGUGCUGUUGAGGGUUACCGAAUUGCCGGUGGGCCACUCGGAGAAGUGACUGACCCACUGUACCCCGGUGGAAGCUUCGACCCAUUGGGCCUUGCUGAGGAUCCAGAAGCGUUUGCUGAGCUUAAGGUGAAGGAGAUCAAGAAUGGUAGACUUGCCAUGUUCUCCAUGUUUGGUUUCUUUGUCCAGGCCAUUGUGACCGGAAAAGGCCCAUUGGAGAACUUGGCUGACCACCUGGCUGACCCAGUUAACAACAAUGCCUGGGCUUAUGCUACAAACUUUGUCCCCGGAAAAUGAGCGUCUUUAGGAGAGAGAAAGAGAUUUAAAAAUUUAGAAUGCUUGAUGUUCAUGUAAAGUUGUGAAUUAAUGGAGAAUGUAAUGUGAAAUGGCACUGUUUCUCCUAUUUUUUGUGAUGCUAAACUUGAUACUCUUUUUUUUUUUUUUU